AUGGCUGUUGACGAGUACCUCUUCCGCGAGACAGAUUCCCUCGUCCUCCCGCUCAAAACCCUCUACCCUCUGACAAUUCCCGUCGCCCACUACCAGCUCCGCCACUACAUCAGCUGCGAAGGCCAAGACGUGCUCUACUACGCCAGCGGCGCCGACAUAUUCGCCCUCAACACCUCCACCCAGAAGCGCACCCACCUUGCAACUCUCCCGUUCGAGACGCGAUGCACGGCAUCCGGACAUGGCUGGCUAUGCUGCGGCGGCGAAGAUGAUGGCCACUUUGCUGCGAUUAAGCUCAACGGCGGUUCUUCCCUGGCUGCAGACGUCGACGCUCUCCUGCCACUGGCUCUGGGCAAUCGCCCCCUUGGGCGCCCGGCUGCUUCUACAACUCCAAUCGUGAAACUGGAAAGGAUCGGAGAGGAGAUUGUCAACUCGAUCUCAAUCCACAAGCUGGCCAGCGCAGAGGAAGGGGGAGAAGAUGAGGUAGUCGCAGUCCUCACGAACAACGACAAGACUGUCCGUGUAUACUGUCUAACACAUGGAUUAGAGGAAGCUGUGCUGGAUCUGCCCUUCCCCAUGAACCAUGCUACGAUUUCGCCCGACGGAAACCUGAUGGUUGCCGUCGGUGACUACCACCAAGCCUUCUUCUUCGAGCGCUCCGGGUCGAGGCAAAGGUCGCAAUCCACCAAAGCGGACACGGCAGCGGGGGGAGGCCCUUCCGAGUGGACAAACAUAUGUGUUGCGCAGCUGCACGUUCCGGCGAACUCGGCGACAACAGGCUAUUUCACAACUGCAUGGUCUCCGUCGGGAAAGCUUUGUGCGGUUGGCUCGGAGUGUGGCUAUAUCACAGUAUUCGACACGGAUCUCCUGAGAUCCAACGAAUUUGGCGAAGAUGCGAUCGUCCAAGUCAUUCGCUCAACCCGCCCCGACACCACGCACGGUCCAGGCGCAGUGCGCACCAUGUGCUUCUCGCCCCAGCCGUGGGAUCUCUUGAUCUGGGCCGAAGACCAGGCGAGAGUUUGUGUUGCAGAUCUCAGAGAGGGGCUUCUCGCGCGACAGGUCUUGUCGUUGGAUCCGAAAGAAGACAGCGUCAUCAGGAUUGAGACUCUGUUGGUCGACGUGGAAGAACCUGCGUCGAGCAAUGAUCGAAAUCGGGAAUUUGCGCGGGUGGAGUCGGAGUUGAAUCAGGAACAAGACCUUAUCAACAGGCACAGACGAGCGUUGGCUUCGGCGGCGAACGAUACUUCGGCAGCGCUUGAAGUUGUUGGUGAGUUCAUGAGCGCGGUUCUCCAGCGUAGAAGACAUGCUGGAGUCGUCGAGUCAGAUAAUGACCCGAACGGCCUGACAGCACAAGAGCGCUCCAUCCUUGAUGCGAUACGAACCAGAGAGCACCGAGACAUAGUGCAGCGCGAACGUGAGAGGAUUGCCUCAAUCCCUCGCAGCAUCAACUAUUCAAGUACAUCUGGCGAGUCGCGGGAACGCAGGUCGGAGCUCGCGACGGAUAACUUUCCGUCUCUGACUGGGAACCGAAGCAACGAAGGUAGAAACGUAGCUCUCCCAUCUCUCGGCUCCCUCAGAGACUUCCUCCGCGACCGCAGCGAGCGUGAACGAGAGAGCGGCUCGUACGUCCCCCCACAUCCGCCGCGUCGGCAAGCGUCGGUAAUCCUCACUGUUGGCAGCAGCCCAAACAACAACAUGGACCGGUUCCCACCCGACCCGUAUCAAAGCUCAGGUGCGCGAAGUUUUAGCUCUUCUGAGGCGUGGCGCACAAUUGAGCAGGCUUUAGCAACAGGCCCCGAGCCACCAGCAGCGGCUCGCCCGGGCAACGCCAACACCACAUCGGCCCCGCGGUCAAUGGAGCCUUCGGCCGAAAUGAGUCGGUUGAGGCAGCUGGCUCGAGCACGCGAACGCGUUCGCAACAUGCAGACUGCAUCUCGUGGUUUCGAUGAUUACGGCGUGAUCGGCCGGCGCGUCGGCAUGUCUGGCCGCUGGAACCCAGCCUUUGGUGUGAGGACGGCAGGGUUGGCAAUGAGCGAAGAUGGGCGGAAGCUGUACGUCGGUACUGAGGAGGGCAUCUUCGAAUUCGAAAUUGACGUCCGCGGCCGCAAGGGAUGGGGCGCCGUGCAACCAAGAUGA